AGCGGCGGAGGCUGUACAUCGAAAGCUCCAAGCAAGGAAACGCCGGGGGGCAAGACGGCACACGAGACCCGAACAACCAACCCAUAAAGCCCACCAUCGUAUCCCACUAGGGACAAGCAUAAACCCUGCCAGAUCACAGAUCUCUGUGAAACCAGAACCUACUAGCCUGCAAAUCUUGAGCCGGGACAGCUCCUUCUCUAUGCUCCGCAUUGUAUGCACUCCCAAGACCAACAUGAG